UUGUGAAAUGAAGUGUGUUUGCGCUCUACAACAUUGUAUUUAAAUAUAAUUGCUGAAUGGCUGGUUAAAUGCUAUUGACUUAUUACAAAGGGACUAAAAUAUUAUUGCCUACUUGAAAAUUUGAGAAAAGUGCGAGCAACACUUAAAUGCUGUUUAUAUUUGUGAAUACAUGAAAUGUUUUGCGUGUCGAAACUUGCUUUUCUCAUUUUCUAUACUACUUUAUGGCAUGUUGAACCUGCCGAAUCUGAUGAUCCACCUGGGCAUUUACAGCCAUUUGGAAAUCACAUGCCUCCAUUUGAAAUAGAUGUCAUAGAUACUCCUCCAACAGCCCAAGAAUUUCUAGAUAAGUAUAUUAAAGUUAAUAAACCCGUUGUCAUCAAAGGAGCAGCGAAAGUAUUUGAUAUUUUCAAAACAUGGAAAGAUGAUGAAUACCUCAGAAUAAAAUAUGGAAAAUGGAUAUCUCCCAUUGAACUCGCGAAAAUCGAGUCAGGACCAGAAGGUUUGAUAGCCAGAAUGCCGUUCUCGUGGUUCUUAUCAAACUACGAAAAGAAAGAUUUAGCUAUAUUGAGAGAUAUAGCAUCAACAAAUCCAAUGAGGGAUGAAAUAUCCGUUUUAAAAUCUAUGUCAUGUGGCGGAUUCAAAGACCUUUUGACUGAUGUAAUAUUCAUAUUUUCAUCUGGAUCUGGCGAAUCAGCGAUACAUUGGGAUCCUGCCGAAAAUAUGCAUUGUUUGCUGGACGGAACAAAAGACUGGGCAAUUAUUCACAGGAAAGAUCGGCAUAUUCUUCCAAAAAGCAAGGAAUCAAGUAUGUAUACAAGCGUAAAUCAGAGCAGCAUUGACAUGUAUAAAUAUCCGGUAAUGCAAGAUAUUCCUUGGUACCAUGCAUUCAUUGAAGCAGGAGAUUGUAUAUUUGUUCCUAACAGUUCACCACAUUACGUCAGAUCGGGGGAUUCCAGAAAUAUGGCGAUUUCAGUUUGGUUUGUUGUACCGGGGUCUCUCAAUCUUACAGAUUGCCCCGAAGAUGAAGCAGACCUACCGGAUUCUGCACCAGUUGGUCGCGGCCAUGUAUCAAGAUUAGAUCAUAUUAAAUCGAUGGUAUAUAUGCUCAUAAAUGAUCGAAGUGGGAAUAUUUCAUUACCGACAUUUAUAGAGAAUGGAGUUGGGUUGUAUCAGCUGGAAGAAUUUGGAUACAUGAUCUUCGAAGCUAUUGACGAAAAUGAAGAUGAGGUAAUUACUUCAGAAGAAAUUGAAGCACUUACUGAUGUAUCUGAAGAAUUCUGGAACGUAUUCUCAGAUAACAAAAAAGAAUAUUUUGUGAUAGAAGAGAAUGGAAACAUCAAAGACAUGAUAAAGAAGGAAGAAUUGUGAAUAAAAAAAACUACGUUAUGAAACUAUAUUUUAACAGAAUCAUUUCUGCAAAAAAUCAUCGAUCGAUUAAAACUUCGUAUUGUUCGUGUAUUGAAUAAAUAUAAAAUAUCAUGUCUUAUCGAUUUUUGAAAUAUCACCGGAUUCUAUUCGUGAUUAUGUGAUUGAAUUAAAAUUGUAAACAAUCUAAUAUAUCAUCAUUUAUCCAGAAGGAAUAAAAACUUAUAAUUACUGCUUCCUUUAUUUAUUUUAAACAACAAAAGAUUUUGAAAGUAACCCCCAAACUCGACUGAUAGAUUGAAUGGCCUUUUCUAGUCGAGCCGUAUGUAUGUGUUCUCAAUGAUAUCUAGUCACUGUUAUAUUGACAUAAAGGUAGUUUAUUUGGAAAAUAAAAAUCAGAAAGAUAAAUCAAUUGCAGAUUCAUUGCAAUAACUGUAAUUCGGUCAAUAAGACGACGUGAGUCAUAGUCCUUAUUGCUUUCACUUACCCCGGUGGAAAAAAUGAUAUUUUCUGUGUCAAAAAUUACUCCGCUCGGAACAGAUACAAUUAGUUCGAAGUAAAAUAUUACAGACAAGCAUCUGAUUGCACAUGCGUGUAUAUGAUCUGAAAUCUUCUGAUAAUACAAUGUAUGCACAUGUGAGGUGUCGAAUGUAAUGACUUCCUGUUACUAAAUAUAACGUAAUUUCAGAUGCAUAUGGUUAAUUUGAAAUGCUCGAUUACUUGUCGAUCGAUGCAAAGCAUUUUGGCAACAUAUAUAAGAAUUAAAGUCCUAUAUGAAAAUUCAAAUUUGGUCUAAAAACUGCGCGCUGAAAGUGUGCUGUCACUAUUACGAUUUGUGAGCUUUGUCAAAUAAACUGACUCAAAACACUAAUAGCCACAAGUAUGUAAUCUGUAGAUUUAUUUCUAAUAAUUUUGAUACCUCGGACGAAUCGGCAAUAGCCUGGUACGAUACCAUAUCAGUUAAUUUAUUUAUACAUACA